AUGUAUUAUUGGGAAUCAAAUGAAUUAAUUUGUUCACAAAUACAAAAAGAAAAUUAUCAAUUAGUUAAACAUCUUUAUAUUUGUAGUGAAGAAAUAAAAGAUAAUUAUCUAAUUUAUUUUCCAAAUGUUAAUCAAUUAACUAUUAAACAUCAUUUUGAAACAUCAGAUGAUUCAAUUCCAACAACUCUUCAUCGUAUGAUUCCUUUAAAACAACUUACAAAACUAGUUAUUGAAUGUUAUAAGUUUUCAUUCGUCGAAAUUUUUCAAUUGUUACGUUUGACACCUAAUUUAUAUGCAUUUAAAUUGGAUCAUGUAUCAUUCAGCGAUAUUAAUUUAAAUGUAAUUAAACAAAAUGAAGUUUUUCAAUAUGUAUCAAAAAGAAAUAAAAUAAAAAUUCUCGAUUUUUGUGUUUGGUGUUCAUUGAAUGAAAUUCAAUUGGUUAUGAAUUUAUUUCCACAAUUAGAAUAUCUUAAAAUUGGAAUGAAUAGAAAAGAAAUACAAUCAAUAAUUCGAUUUUUAUUAUUAAAAACUAAUGAUAAAACACAACAUUUAUUCUUUUUAUGUAUUUUACGAAUACCAAAAAUAUAUUUAAAAAAAUUAAAUGUUUUAAUCAAAUCAGAAAAUUUACUUCAUGAUUACCGCAGUAAAUUUAUUAAUCGUGAUUUAUAUUUAUGGUGGUAA